GUCAGCCCUCCGCAGAGGAACUGGAAGGGCAUUGCAAUCUCUUUGCUGGUGAUCGUGGUGGUCUGCUCGCUCAUCACCAUGUCUGUGGUCGUCCUCACACCCGUUGAACUUCCCGGCAGCAGCAAGUCCAGGCUGACUGUAGCAGAUCUUUACAAACCAGAGUUCAGCAUUCACGACCCUGAGGCCAAGUGGAUUAGCGAUUCACAGGUGGUUUACAGGAACCGGGAUGGAGAUGUCAUCAAGUUUGACUUUGACCUGAAUGACACACACGUUCUCCUCAGCAACAGCAUAUUUGUUUCUUUCAAGGUGGCAAAGUACUCCCUGUCUGCAGAUCUAAAGUAUGCACUCUUUGCCUAUGACGUCAAACGGAUGUACAGAUAUUCAUACACCGCAUCUUAUAUCUUGUACAACAUCUACACGAGGGAGGUAAGGGAGCUGAAUCCUCCCGAGGUCCACAAUGCUGUGCUCCAGCACGCAGCCUGGGGACGACAAGGACAGCAGCUGAUCUACAUCUUUGAGAAUAACAUCUACUACCAGUCAGACGUGAGGAGCAACUCUCUGAGAAUCACCUCCUCUGGGAUGGAGGGAGUCAUUUUCAACGGGCUCACUGACUGGCUAUACGAAGAGGAGAUUCUACAUUCAUAUUUGGCUCACUGGUGGUCUCCUGAUGGAGAACGACUGGCCUACCUCACCAUCAACGACACACUGGUACCCAACAUGGUUCUUCCCCAGUUCACCGGCAGCACGUACCCCCGAGGCCUACAGUACCCAUAUCCAAUGGCCGGUCACGUCAAUCCUACAGUCAAGCUGUCGGUGGUCAGCCUGGUUGGUGCGACGCACACUCAGGAGAUGCAGCCUCCCGAUCAGCUCGCGCUCAGGGAUUUCUAUAUCACCAUGGUGAAGUGGAUCAGUAAUACUCACCUCGUCGUGCAGUGGCUCAAUCGGCCCCAGAACGCUUCUCUGCUUACUGUGUGUGACGCAACAAUAGGAGUCUGUCUUCAGAGACAUGAGGAGUCUUCAGAGACGUGGCUUUCCAGACAGGGACAGGAUCCACUGUUCUCCAAGGACAGGAGCCGGUUUUUCCUCACGCUGCCUGUGAAGCAGGGAGGUCACGGAGACUUCCACCACAUCACGAUGUUCACCAAGAAGCUGCGAAGCGACCAGGACGAAGUUCGCAACUUGACGUCGGGAAACUGGGAGGUGACAAAAAUUGUGGCGUACGACGAAAACAACCAGACUGUAUACUUCCUGAGCACAAAGGACGCUGCAGAACACAGACACCUAUACAGUGUGUCGACUCUCAGCUCGUUUCCACGGCGAUGCCUCACCUGUGGACUGCGAGAGGGAUGCACCUUCUUCGAUGCCAACGUCAGCCCAGACGCACAGCACGCCAUCGUGCACUGUCGAGGUCCCGGAGUUCCAGCUGUGCUGCUCGUCAGUCUCGCCGACGUGGACUUGUAUUUCGUCUUGGAGAACAACCUCCCCCUGCGCUCGGCGCUGGAGACUAAAAGGAUGAUUCGGACGGAGCUCACUAACACAACCUUUGGGCUGCCUCUGAAGCUCAUCUAUCCUCCUGACUUCUCUGACUCCUACAUCUACGGCCUUCUUCUUAUUGUCGACAGCUCUCCAGGCACCCAGACGGUGACGGAGGAGUUCAGGCUGGAGUGGGACUCGGUGCUGGCAGGAUUGGCGCAGGUCAUCGUGGCGCGGAUUGAUGGCAGGGGGUCAGGGUUCAGAGGUCAAAGUUUUUCACAGCAGAGGCUCGGCAUAGCGGACGUGGAGGACUACAUAGCAGCUCUGAAUUUCCUGGCGGAGCGGCCGUUCAUCGAUCGCACUCGUGUUGGAGUCUUCGGCGAGGGCUACGGUGGCUACCUUGCGCUGAUGAUGCUGAAGUCGACAGAGAAGCUGAUCAGCUGCGCAGCUGUUCGCGCUCCCGUCACCGACUGGAGCAUGUACGCCUCAGCCUUCUCAGAGAGAUACUUCGGCUCACCUUCAACUGACGAGAGCAGAUACCAAGCUUCCAAAGUGCUGUCCGGCAUGAAAAAUCUGGGAGGAACUCUAUUCCUGGUCCACGGCACUGCUGACGCCAAUGUUCACUUCCAGCACUCGGCCGAGCUCAUCAAGCACUUAAUAAAGAUAGGAGCCAACUACACUAUGCAGAUCUUCCCAGAUGAAGGCCACUUCCUAUCAAGACGCAGCCAGAUUCAGCUGACUCACUCCCUAAUUGGAUAUUUCAGAGGAUGUCUCCUCGAUGCGUCAUCGUUACUCAACCAACGGGAUGACGAGUGAGAGGGAACGGGCUCGCUACUGUUUCUGAGCGUGUGUGUGUGUUUUAUACCUGUAGCACAAUGUUUGACAGACAGGAAAAGCUUCUUAUUGACAUAUCAGAAUAGUCUGUGUCACCUCAGUAGAAAUAAGUUUUCACCUGCUGUCAGAGGUUGUCAGUGACUGUCCCUAGAUUUCCUUUUUUGUCCUGGUGGCACAAACAAGCCUGCGAAAGAAGCAUUUAGAACUGUUCAAGCUUCAAACUGUGAGAAAACUGUGAGAUCUUGUUGGAGUUGUUAAUCGGAGUUCAAAUAUAAUUGAGAAAUUGCAUUUUUUUAACCUUUAAGGUUUAGAUUAGUUUAAAAUCUGUGAAUCCUUGUUGCCUAGAGUUUAACGGCUGAUUCAGAAACCUGUUGUUCAAGGUGUGAUUGAGACGUUCCUCCGUCAAAACAACUUAAAACGGUCCAUGUAUUCAAAUAUCACCAACCAGCACAAAAACCAACUCCUUUUUCCAGUUUAUUCCUGAUCAUUAGUAGAGGAGGAGCUGUUUGAGGCAGUGUCCCAGUGAGGCAGAUGUGUUAAAAUACAGCUAAUGCUACAGUCACACCAGGGAAAACAACAGCAACAAGUGGACGUCCAAUCUUGUUGCCUUUUAAAUUAUUGCUUCGACUUCGGUGCGUCGAAGCAGUGAUGAAACUGUAAGGUGUUUAUCUUACGGUUUAACCCUCUCAGGCUCAAAUUAAGUUUUUGUUGCUAAUGCACAAAAGAAUACCUGCAGUGGUACUUCUGAGUAAAAAAAACUCAUAAAAUAUGUAUGUGCGGUAACCAGGUUGUUAGCUUUUACUUGUUGCAAAUCUGCAGCGCCUGCCUUGAGAGGGUUAAGGCGCCUUGAGGCAACUAUUGUUGUCAUUUGGCGCUAUAUAAAUAAACCUGAAUUAAAUGGCAGUGUGAUGGAGUCGAUCUGCUUUCAGUCUGUGAUUAAUUGGGGUCAUGUUGACAGUUUGAGUUUGUGAGAAUACAGCCGUAAAGGCUGAUAAAUCAGAUAAAAUCAAAGAUCUUUUGCCAACUACAUGCACAGAAACUCACACCAGUUACAACAUCACAGAUUUGAAACAGAAAUUCCUCCACAGAUAGUAACAUAGGGUUUUUUUUAUUUUUAAACAAUACAACCAGUUGAGUCGAGCCUCUCAUUGCAAAGCAUCUCAGCGUUGUACCAGGAGUUACUGCAACUUGUUGGCAAUCAAUCUGAGAGCGAUUGCAGUCGGUCAAAAGGCAGCCUGCAAGUGUUUGGAGACAAUCAUCACAGUUUGUGCUUUGGUGUCAUGGAAUCAUUACACUUUUUAUUAGCAGUGUUGGUGGAUAUGAAACUCAUUUUUACGAGAUGAAGGGACUCGAACCCUCAAUUUCCUGAUCCGAAGUCUGACACCUUAUCCAUUAGGAAAGUGGUCACACACUGAAGCACAGACUUACUUCUGGUAUGGUUUUUAAAGACGGGACUCUUGGCUCACACCUUGCAUCAACUGUUGUGUCUUUCUCAAAAUAUUAAAGCAUAAUGAUACCAACGAUACCAACCUGACCCAGAGGUCAAGAAUCUUCCAGAGCUGGGAGAAUAAAAAAGUAGAAAAACAUCAGUUUUAUAGAUAAAGCCAUGUUUAAAAAACCGACUUCAAGGGCGUUUUCAGGUCAUGUUGUUACCUUCUUUUUCUACGUCUCAUUUCCCCGGGUGUUUGUGAUGCUAUCCUGUGGAUUAUUUAUGUGGGGGCAGCUUACAAAGUUUGACUCAUCAAGCUUAUAGACAGCAAUAGUGCUAAACAGAUGUACGACAGUUACAAGAUCUUUUUUUAAGCACGCUAUGUUUCCUUGUCCUUACUGAAACAGAGUUAUUUAUUUAUUUAUUACAUCUAAGAGUAGAUAUUUACCAUUUCACACCAGUUUUUUUGGUGUUGUGCAGGUGUGGAGGAGCUUAAUAGCUACUCAUAGUUUGGCCUGGACUACAUUUCAGGACAGCCUACUUUGGUUUAAUUUUUCUCAUGGGUAUUUGAGCAGCUCUGUUGCAGGUUAAAUUGUGACAUUUGGCUUAUAAUGUAUAUUUUAUGCUGUAAUUUCUUUUUUUUUAGAUAGCUGCAGGCUGUUCUGUUUUUGUAUAUUUAAGUAUGUGGUCCAAAACUUGGUAUAGAAUCACCUUUGGCUGAUUAAGUGCCAGAAGUUUUCACUGUAUUUGGUUCUGUUGUUCUCCAACUUCAGUUUAUGCAUUUCCAGCUGCUUCAAGUCUUCUCUUUCGUAAAUACAUCGUGGUUGUAGUGUUAUCCAGAAAACACUGCAAUAAAAGCAUAAUAAAUGUUAUGCCAAUACGACACCCGAGAGCGCUCCUCACUGUGAUUACGGCUCUGAGAGCGAUUCCCACAAUUACCGCUCGGCCGCUCACAAGUGCCAUCAAUCACAGAGACGAGCAUCCUCGGCGAGGUUCAUCUCCACGCGAGGAUAAAAACAGUUGCAGGAGCUGGCGUGCGUCGGGGGUGAAAAAUCCCCCCAGUGCUUGGCUUGCAGGUAGUUGCCAUGACAACUGUUUUGGUAGCCCAGGAUACGGCCACUCUCAUAAUUCAUUCAGAGAUGAGCGCUUUGCAUCGCGGAGCGAGCAGCUGCUGAUGCAACAUACUCAAAGCCAUAUGUAUCUGUGCUUUGCAACAUGGAGUCUGUGAGGGGAUGGAUUUU